CCAGAUGUACCACUCUGACCAUGGUGUAGACUUCCCUGACCUCUUCCUCCAGUUCCGUGGCAGAAUUGAGGAGCUGGGCUCAGCAGACGCAGUGUGAAAACCACUGUCAGUAAGCCUCCACCUUUCACACCCACACCACUGUAGCUCCAGUCCCAGACCCUUCUCUCCUCUGGAAUAAUGGACAGCCCUCCUAAACUGUCUGGUGAAACCUUGGUUGUACAUCACAUUCCCUUGGUGCACUGUCAGGUUUCAGGUGGCUGGAAAGGUGGCUGUGGGAGCUCAUUAAAAAGGAGCACUCCAUUCAGCUCACCAGAAAACCUGGGGUUGAGUCGUACCACAUCUUUGCCAGAACGAGAUGUUCUUCAGAGAGAAGCCCUGCUAUACAGUAGCCUGAUCCAGACUUCUAGUGGCUCUUUGUCCUCCCACAACAGAGGAAGAGAGAAGAAGGGUAGCGAGAGAGGGGGAAGUACAGCAAGUGAUGAUUCAUCAUUUGCCUCAAGCAAUUCAGAGGACCAGCUCACCACAGCUCACACAUUACCCAGGACCAAACCGAGGAGGAGAAACCCAUUGCGUCAUAAUCCAUUCCUGCUUAAUACAGAAAAUAAUGAUGAGGACGAUGAGGAAGAAGAUGGUGACAACCUCAGUGGUUACCUGGAAGACUCCUCUUUUCACCUCCACAGCGAUACAAACUCUGUGCUGGAUGACAGGGUGGUGCCUUUUCACUUGCACAGUGGCUUUGCCUCUGAGCCUUUUAUUUUGCACAGUUCUGUGAGGCGAGGCAGUCGAGAGUCACUGAGAGGUCCCACCUCUGAUCUUUCCAACCAUCUUGAUGAACUGGACAUGCUGGGGCUAGACAGUCAGUGCCGUCACGGAAGCAGUGGCUCCAACAUGUCAAUGGACUGUGGAGAACAAGACUGGGGGGACGACGAUGAAGAAGACCAACCAAUGAAAUGUGGUCGAAAUAGCAAGACCGGUUCCUACUCUUCCAGCUCCUCCAUUCAGCACUGCUCCUGCUGUGGCCUCUCACAGAGCUACCCUCAGCACUUCCCUGAGGCAUUCCCUGAACCUUUCUUGGAGUUCCAACAAGGUUACGGCAGCGAUUCCUCCUGCAACAGUUCUGAUGGAGUUCUUGUCAACUUCAGCGCCAUUUACAACAAGAUGAACAACAGCAUCCCAGAGAAGCAGCCAGCUCCUGGGCCCACCAAUCUAAACAGCUCAACCGACCACUCCUCUAUCUCUUACAUUUCAGAUAAUCCAGGACACAAGGACGACUCUGCUGGAGGGGCUUUUUAUUUGGACAUUCAAACUUCUCCAACUGAGCCUCCACGAUCACAGCAACAGCCCUCCUGCCUUUCUAACAACUUCCCUCUUAUCCUUGAACCACACCUGACCACCUCCUCCACCUGCUCCUGCUCAGCAGAGCAUCAGGGAACUUUUGGCCUUGAUGCCAACUGCAACUCCUUCCACCCUCCGCAUGAAGGCUCCUCCGGCGACCUUGCUUCCUGCCUACAGAGUCAAGCCCGCCUGGUUGUUGCCACGCAGAACUACUACAAACUGGUCACCUGUGACCUUUCGUCCCAGUCCUCACCAAGUCCUGUAGGUUCCUCUGUCAACAGCUGCUCUGAUGAGCACAGCAAAGGCAGCCCUACCCCAUCUCAGCCAAGCGAAUACUUCCUGUUCAGGCAACAAGAUGAUGAGAUGGGUCUGAAAGAAGAGCUAGAGCAAGAGGGUGAAGUUGGAGAAUCAUCAAGACAAGAUGAUGAUGAUAACAAAGAGGACAAAGAGGGAAAGAAGAGUAAUCAGGAGGCAAUUGGUGGGGCUGAGACUGCUCCAGCCAUGAUAGAAGGCCAGGUUUAUGUCAACGUUUCACCUCCCUUGGCUGGAAAGGGAGUCAUUGGAGAUGGAGCCUCCUCAGGAAGUCGCCCACGUUCUCGCAGCUAUGAUCGCAAUCUGGACAAGUCCCCCUCUCCGCGGCUCGGCUCCCUGGAGCGCAUGCUGAGCUGCCCAGUUCGGCUCAGUGAAGGUGCCGCCCAGGUCCCAACUCCUCCUCCACGCGUCACCUCCUUCGCAGAGAUCGCUAGAAGCAAAAGGAGGAUUGGGGCUACAGGGGGAUCCCCUUUACAGAAGUCAGCUGCCGACCCUUUCUCUUCUACUUACUCCACUCACUCACACUCCUCUGUGGAUUUCUCUCCCAUCCCAGAGCAGUGUGUGGAGGUCGUCAGUCCAGCUAUGUCACCUAUUCCUUUUACUAGAUGUUACAGUCAAGGCGACAUAGAACGACAACUGGAAGGGGCAAGGGAGACACAGGACACAUGGGAGAAAGCAGAGGGAGGUCUAUCAAGUUCCUCAGACAGCCGACCAGCGGUGGUCCGUUACAGUAAAGAUCAGAGGCCCACCACACUCCCCAUCCAGCCUUUCACCUUCCAACACCAGUUCACAUCCAGACCCGCUCAGGCCAAACCUCUACUGCCCCUGUUAACGGGUUAUCAUUCUGGGAUGCAGGUCCACACCAGCUCCAGCUCUGGAGGUCCAUUUGGUGACGACACAGCUGGCAAUGGACACAACAACCAGGGUUCUCUCAGCACAGCAGCCCCCCCAAUGGAAUUAGUCAGGCCCUCACCUCUUGGGAGUUACUCCCCAGUUCAUUUCCAGGGGGCACACAGCUCAGAGACUUGCACCCCAAACCCUCAGUGUACACACAGGCCCUCCUGCCCACUUUCAGCAGGCCUCGACCCCCUGCACACCCCAUUGACAGGUAAAAAGGGAGGUGGUUCAGCACCAUUAACCCAGACACCUCCAUCCCUGGGGGUGAAGAGAGGAGUCGUGCCACCAAUGUUGCCAACAGUGCAGGGGCAGUGUCUGCAUCAUGGACCUCUGUACAGCUUACCAGCUCUCCAUAGCGAUAGUCUGAGUCCACUGGGUCUUGACUCUGGGAAGACUCCUGAGGGAGGCAAAGGAUCUGGAGCCAGAACACAAAAUGCACACCACCUCUCUCCCCAGGCUCUCAAAUGGAGGGAGUACCGUCGUCGAAACCCUCUUGGGGGGGAAAGGGUCUCUGGGGGCCACUCUUCAGCAGGAUCAGGCCCUGUCUCUGGUAACACAGAACUGAGACGGAGCAAGGGAGCCCGACCAACCAGGCGCAAUGUCUUUGAUUUUCCAGCAGCUCACUCCAGCCACAUGAUGGGACAUCUAACCGGGGGUCAGUCAGCUAAGCUGCAGCAGAGCUGUAGUGAUUUCCUACACGACUACUUCUCCAUGACAGAGAAGCCUCCUGAGGAGUUCUGCCUCUCUCCUGAUGCAUCAUCUUCUUCCUCAUGCUCUCCCUCACAGCCCCAGGUCUCUGUAGACCUGAUGCAAAAAAGAGGUUUGGUUAAAGCAGUGAACACAGCAGUUGAUCUGAUCGUGGCACACUUUGGCACCAGUCGAGUCCCAAAUGUGAAGGCUAAGCUGGGGAACAGCUGGGUGAGUCCCAACGUGGGUCACCUCAUCCUGAAGUACCUGUGUCCGGCCCUGCAUGACGUGCUGCAGGACGGUCUAAAGGCCUUUGUUCUGGACCUGAUCAUUGGACAGCGGCGUUGUCUGCCCUGGAACCUUGUGGAGGCCUCCACCCAGCUGGGCCCAUCAACACGCCAUCUCCACAGCUUGUUUUCAAAAGUCAGCCAAUACUCUGAGCUCACAAGCCACAGCAUGAGGCUGAAUGCCUUCAUCUUCGGCUUGCUCAACCUCAAAUCUUUGGAAUUCUGGUUCAAUCACCUCUACACACAUGAAGACAUUGUAGCAGCACACUACAGCCCAUGGGGUUUCCUUCCCCUGUCGCAUGGAGCCUGCCAGACGCUCUUUGAGGAGCUCCUACUCUUGCUGCAGCCACUCUCACUCCUCCCCUUUGACUUGGACCUACUGUUUGAGCCACAUCUCCUCCAAAAGGGAGAGGAGCAUCUUCGUCACAAGGAGCAGCUAUGCUCUGCAGGCCAGAGUGUGGAUCAGGCAAGUCGCUCCACCUUCCAGCUCAUGAGGGGCUGGAGCACCACCGUUAGUGGGAUGGUCAGAGACUCAAGGGUUGAGGCCAAAAGGGAGAGGGCGGGACUGAGACGAGAGGGGACGUGGCCUAGAAUGGAAGGAUCUGGGUCAAGAAAUGAAGCAGCAGGGGUGAAAUUGAGGGUGAAGGUCACACCUGUUAGCAGAUCUGCAGCCAUGGAAAACGGUUCUCCCAGCCUCUGGAGAGGGAGGGAGUCAGAAAGCCAGAGGAUUAAAGGUGUGGGACAAGAAAGCAAUGGAGACAAUGAGGGUGUUAAGGAAAAGGACAGCAGAAUGGGAAAAGAAAGGGAACCUGCUUGUGAGGGACGGCAGCAUCAGGACAGACAGGCUGGCUGGUGGUACCAGCUCAUGCAGUCCUCACAGGUCUAUAUCGACCAGUCCACUGAAGGCUCAAAGUUUGUGAAGACUGAGAAAAGGAAGAGGUCCUCUGAGAGACGACAGGGCCAAGCACCACCCGCGAGAGAAGGUGUGGUGGAGGGUGCUGAGUCAAGGCAUGAAGGGGAGGGAGAGAAAAGCAGCACCUCAGGCGGAGAUUCCGCUGGAUGUGGGGGGAGGCCCUCAUGGAUGGGCAGCCCCCCACAGUCAGUUCUCAACCAGGAAAAAGACACAAAUCCUCUGGAGGUGUCUGAGAUGGCAGCCCAAGCAGCAGUCCAGGAAGAGAGCCCCCCACAGGGGCAGAGUUUACGCUGGGGAAGGCUUUUUGGCUCAAGUGUUGGUAUUCCUCUGAGAGUGGAGGGAGCAGAACAGAAGCCAAAAUCCCAAAAGACCAGACCACCAUCAGGAUGGCUUGGUUUGGAUAAAUCUGUUCUUGAACUGAUGGCUCUGACAAUUGGAGGGGGUGGGAAGAAGACAGAGCGUCCUGACACACCCACUCACACCCAAACCACAACAGAUCCGGUGUCAAGCCAUCAAGCCGAAACCCAACAGUCUGUGUGUGAAGUUCGAGCCUUAUGCCACCACAUUGCCACUGAGCCCGACCAGCUGAGCUUCAACAAGGGCGACAUUCUACAGGUUCUGAGAAAGGCUGACCCUGACUGGCUCCUCUGCUCCCUGGGCUCCACCCGAGGCUUGGUUCCCAUCGUCUAUGUCACUCUCAACAGCAUGGAGGACAGUCAGGAUGCCACUGGACUCAUGCAGCUCUGAGCCCUCCCCGCUAACAGAACCCUGAGAAUGAAGGCAAACUGAAGGGCUGAAGGAUUAGCUGCCCCACAUCCACUGAAAUCAGAAACCAUUCAUACAUCAGAAAUCAAUCCUAAAAAACAUUGCAGAAAAUACUAAGAGGAUGAUCAGAGUCAUUCAGCGGAAGCAUGCAGGCUCAACCAAGUACUCUUAUCCGUUUUAAGGGUUUAUCCAGAUAACCAUGCAUGCAUACAUCAAGAAACAAGACUAAAACACUCAACACAGAGCUGUUCUGCUCGCUUAAACCAAGUGAUCGUCCAGUCUGUAUGUGGUCCAUCCUUCAUCUGGGUACGAUGAGGAGGGGCCACUUGCAGAUCUCCACUCUUUGCUGUACUGUAUAUCCGCUCACCUUGCUGUGCUACACUUUAAAUGCAGCGCUCAAGUAUCCCCCUCAGUCACAAUAAACAGAUUCCUCAGGUGUCUUGCCACUUAUGUAAAGCCGAUCCUGCUUGCGUAGAAGCCAAAAACUAUGUGCUUUUUCAUAAAAUUGCAGACAGUAGACAUGAACUUUAGGAUCCACGUCUGAAUGAAUGAAGGUGAAAUACAGAUGGACAAUUGGAAACAAAACUUGAUAAAUGAGAAAAAGUGCACCUUGCAGGCCCUCUCUACCUGUUCCCCUUUUCCUUUUUGUUUCUGCUUAAGAGCAAAUAAUUAAAAACAAAUAUAACCUUUUUUCCUACAGAACCUGCACAGUGGCAUCACUAUUUGUAAAUGCUGCAUAACAAUUACUGACUUCCAUUUUGCUUAUGCUUUUGUUUAAAUGGCUCAAAAUGGCCUAUAUUCAAACAGAGGUUUAGAGCCCUAAAGUAAAACCUGCAGCACAAAGGUAUAUAUAUUUUGUUGGAAAGUACUUAUAACAAAAAAUUAGUUUAGCAUUUAGUUUAGUUUGAAUUAUAACACUAAUUCAAAGGGAGUUCUCCACAUGUUGUGCAACAACGAUGGUGUUUGAGGGUAAGAGCAUCGAGCAGUUUGUUUUAUGUUUGUGUGUUGAUGUCGAUGCAUACUGCUAUGGAAAUGCAUUCAAGACAUCCACAGAAGUUUGGAUUUAUAAAUACCAUGUGAAUCAGCCAAAAAUAAGCAUCUUGGUUACCAUUUGUAGGAAAUUAUAAAACCUAAACACAUCUGUUGAGGCCUUCUUGAACUAGAGGACUUGGAGAUUCACCUCUGGACAUUGUUACAUAGUUUUUUUUUUUGUUUGUUUUUAUAAAGGGUAAGAUAUUUUAUUGAUGCCUUAAAGAGCUUGAGGGAAGAAGAAACAAUAGGAUGAUUAAUAUUUGUCCCAACAUUACAAUAUAUUUUGUAUAUGUGCUGUCUGCCCCGUCUUUUCCAGAAUCUGCAAGAAAAUUUGGGAGAAGCUAUUUUGGAGAUACUUUUUGGAUGUGUAAAGGUAACCCAGACACACACAUUUUGUGUUGGUGGCUUGAUGUGCAUUGUAUGUACAUGCUACCUUGCUGCAGUGCCCAAUUGUUAAAUGUUCCCUACGGUUCAAAAAGAGUCUAACUAAUAUUACAGCUGUAUACUGCAAACAUUGAGAGAACGGGUGCCCAAUCCAAAAUAUUUCACAUUAUAAUCGAUGUGGUAAAAUUAAUGUAUAUUUAUAAAAUUAAUUCAUGCUUAUGAGUUUUUUUUUUUAAAGACUUACCGUAGAAUAUGAUUUAAUCAUAAAAUGUUCCCUUUGUCACAUCAAUGUACAGUUUUUAUUUCUACAUGUGAUUUUUAACUGUAUGGUUUCCAAAGAUGAAUUAACACUACAUCAUCCUUGAAUUGUAAAUAGAUUUAAAUUCUUUAAAGGUCGGAUUUUGGCCACAGUAUGUAUGUAAGAUUGUUAUUUAUCAGUGCAUUUCAUGUUGAUCACAGAAGGAGAGUGUAAGCUUUAGUUUCACCACAAACAACCUGCUACACAAGUCUCCUGUGUGAGUGGAUGUGUUUGAUGUUCAGAGGCAUCCUGCACUGAUUUCACACCUGAUAGACUUGUAGAAGUAGAUUAAACUAGAGACAGAAGGGGAGGUUCGGGUGUUUAGGGUCAGACUUUUGCUCAGCUAAAGGGCAUGAAAUAAAAAUAAAGAAUGGAUUGUUCUGCUCUUCCUGCUUCUUGUCUCUUUGGCUGCCUCCUGCCUGUAAAUAUCUUCAGCAUCAGUGAUACUGCUCCUCUCUGUCCAAGCUAUAUUAUCUGUAUGUAUGAUAUUAUCAAACUACUAUGGAUGUUAAACAACAAAGUGCUCCUGUGAUCACACG